UUCAUGUGUAACUUCAAUUGAUUUGGACCAUGGGAGAUGGCAAUAAGAGAAGUUUAAAAAUGUAAUUAUUUGGAGGAUCUACGAAACAGACUGUACAAUGACGUAGGCUGCCGGCUGUUUAACUCCGAAGCUGCUGCAGGAGAUGAGCAUGAAGAAGCAAAAUGAACGACAGUGACCUCAGCCGAACGUCCUAGCAGUUGUUGCAUUGUUCCACUAUCCAUUUCGACCCAAGGGCCAUCAUUAUUUUCUGUCGCAAUAGAUAUUUACCAAAUAGCCUGACAUCGGUCCUUUUGAAGAAACAUCGCGGAGGAAAGCGGAUCAAUUGUCUGAAACUGCCCGCUAGUGCUUUCCCUGCGCCCCCCAAAAAUGGAUAACGCUAAUGGCAAAGCAUCGGAUCAGAAAAGAACAGGCGUUUGCCAAGAUAAUGGUUUGACAAAUGGAUUCCAUCCUACACAAACUGGCAACGGGAGCUGCAGUGCCUUAUGUUCAAAUGGAACCAGUACCAGUGGCGGGUGUUGUAUUAGUAGUAGUAGUAGUAGUAGUAGUGCUGCUGGUGGUAGUGGACAUAAUGGAAUUGAACAUUUCCACGAUCUUCAGUUCCAGGAAGACGUCCAUAAUAAUGGGUCGCCUCCAAAGCGCUGUAGACUCAGAAGAAGAAUGGAUUCUGGCAAAAAGAGUAGACCGCCCUUCCCCUGGUUUGGGAUGGACAUCGGCGGCACUCUGGUGAAGCUGGUCUACUUCGAGCCCAAGGACUUCACGGCGGAGGAGGAGGAGGUGGAGAGCCUGAAGAGCAUCCGCCACUUCCUGACCUCCAACGUGGCCUACGGCAACACGGGCAUCCGCGACGUCCACCUGGAGCUCAAGAACCUAACCAUGUGCGGCCGGAAGGGCAACCUGCACUUCAUCCGCUUCCCCACCCAGGACAUGCUGGGCUUCAUCCAGAUGGGCCGAGAUAAGAACUUCUCCAGCCUGCACACCACACUCUGUGCCACCGGCGGAGGGGCCUACAAGUUUGAGGACGACUUUAGGACGAUCGCCAACCUAAAGCUCCAGAAGCUGGAUGAACUGGACUGUCUCAUCCAGGGUCUUCUCUAUGUGGACUCAGUAGGGUUCAAUGGCCAUCCAGAGUGCUACUUUUUCGAGAACCCCUCCGACCCCGAGAGUGAGAACUGUGUCAAGAAAACAUGUUGCCUUGACAACCCCUUCCCCAUGUUGUUGGUAAACAUUGGCUCAGGCGUCAGCAUGCUGGCAGUCUAUUCGAAGGACAACUACAAACGGGUCACAGGCACCAGUUUGGGAGGUGGGACGUUCCUAGGCCUAUGCUGCUUGCUGACUGGCUGCGAGACAUUUGAGGAGGCCCUGGAAAUGGCGGCGAAGGGGGACAGCAGCAACGUGGACAAACUGGUGAAGGACAUCUACGGAGGAGACUAUGAACGCUUCGGUCUCCAGGGGUCUACUGUUGCAUCUAGUUUUGGUCAUAUGAUGAGCAAGGAGAAGCGUGACAGCAUCAGUAAGGAGGACCUAGCCCGAGCCACUCUCGUCACCAUCACCAACAACAUUGGCUCUAUUGCUCGUAUGUGUGCGGUUAAUGAGAAAAUUGAAAGAGUGGUGUUUGUUGGGAAUUUCCUGAGAAUCAAUACUGUGUCAACGAAGCUGCUUGCUUAUGCCAUGGAUUUUUGGUCCAAAGGACAAUUAAAAGCUCUCUUCUUAGAGCAUGAGGGUUAUUUCGGGGCCGUCGGUGCCUUUCUGGAGCUACUGAAAAUGACGGACGACCUUUAAGACGGACAGACGGAUGCAGACGAAACCCUAACUCUCACCACAAGAUGCUGCUGCUCUACAGUUCCGGAAAAGCCACUGACUGGCCAAAAUGGUGGAAAAGCCACUGACUGGCCAAAAUGGUGGAAAAGCCACUGACUGGCCAAAAUGGUGGAAAAGCCACUGACUGGCCAAAAUGGGGAAAAGCCACUGACUGGCCAAAAUGGUGGAAAAGCCACUGACUGGCCAAAAUGGGGAAAAGCCACUGACUGGCCAAAAUGGGGAAAAGCCACUGACUGGCCAAAAUGGGGAAAAGCCACUGACUGGCCAAAAUGGGGAAAAGCCACUGACUGGCCAAAAUGGGGAAAAGCCACUGACUGGCCAAAAUGGGGAAAAGCCACUGACUGGCCAAAAUGGGGAAAAGCCACUGACUGGCCAAAAUGGGGAAAAGCCAUUUGAAUAGUUUAACUGUUUUAAGAGGUUCUGCUAAUUAUCCUCCUCCUCGUCUGCUGAUGUUUUAGAAAACAGAUUUUUAAUAUUAUGAAUACAGGCUGGAGGAGAUGAGGUUGGCAUUUUGUUUGCCACUUUAAAGUAAACAUGUGUGGUACUUCCUGUUUAUAAAAGCCCUAACUGUAUAUUGUGUGCUUAAGCCAAACGCUACUGGUCCCUGAUAGUAUGUGUGUUUUGGGACCAUAUUUGUUAUUUUAUUUUUACAAGAUGUAAGUAGCUAAAUUUAUCUUUAAAUUAGGAGCAUUAGCUUUCAACUAGCCUUCACACUUUUUUUUCCUAAUCAAUCAUCCUAACCCAUUGUUCUGUGAUAUGAUUUGAGAUACAAUCAAAUGUAUUAUCCUACUGUACAUGGGAAUAGUAAGCAGUUACUAUAUCAACUGCUUCUGUCAACCCAUCAUCUGUGGUUUGGCCAAUUUGUGAAAUUUUGACCAUUAAGCAGUAGCUAAAUUUGACAUCAAAUGUUGCGGGUUGAUUUUGUGAAAUAAUACGCUGCAAUACCUCAAAGAACAUUUUACAUAAUGGAUAUUUUUUUAUCAGUAGCAGUGGCAUGACCAGUUCCCCAAAUCCUUCCUCUGCAUUCAUUUUAAUGCAGUAUUCUGUCUCUCCUUCCCUGUUCCAUGCCUUAUAAUUCUGUCACUGUUUUAAGGAAACUGUUAACUUUGGGACCAAGCAUUCAGUACUAAAUGAUCCUUAGAAACUUCACAAAGUAGAUGUUCCUCAGAAAAGCCGACUCGCUGACAUGGACUAGCCUAGCAGGUGCGAUACAAAGUGUCCUUUGUGAGUCAUGAGAUUCCAAACCUUUACAUGAAGGAACUUUUUAAGAGUUCUGAAAACUAGUUAAUUCUACAGUUCUGUUUUCAUUCUCAUCAAAGUGGGUGUCCAUUUAUGCCUGACUUCCUACCUGUAAUAAUCAGUAUGUGUUUUAUGAUUGUAAUUGAAUAUGUUUUGGAUGUACUGUAUUGAGUACUCUAGUCGAAAGGAGAUUUGAUUCUCCUACGGUAUCUCUUGGUUAAAUUUCAUGACAUUUCAUGAUGGCGUUUUGGUUUCAAGUGAAACUGCAUAGCUGGCCUGUGAACCGCCGUGUGCUGCAUACCCUUCUGCCUUCCUGCCCUCUUCAGAGGGUCCCGUGACCAUCCUCCUCAUCCAAACGAUACACCUAGGCUGCGUCUAAAAUGGCACCCUAUUCCCUAUAUAGUGCACUACUUUUGACCAGGGCCCAUGAUUUUGGUCAAAAGUAGUGCACUAUAUAGGGAAUAUGUUGCCAUCUUGGACUCAUACCCAGACUGACUUAGCUAACAUCAUACAUUUUUAUUUGUAAUCCCAAUGCAACCUGUGGGGAGUUUUCAGCUGUAAAUUAGGACAGAUGUUCAAAUGUGCUUUAUGCUUUAUUACUGUAUAGAACAUGGCGAAUAAUAAUAUAUGUAACUCAGAACCUGAUUGAACUGGAUUAUUGACCUGGGCCUUGCUAUAUAUUCAGCCGUGCUUCAUUGUCGUCAUUAAAACUGUUCUCUAAACUG